AGCUAAUGUUUAUUGAAAAUAAUUGUUUUUUACCUGACAAAAUGAUAAUAAAUUUUAUGUUGGCACACCUGUGCUAAAUGUCACCCAUCAAGGUUAUUUAAUAUAUUUGUUUGUCACACGAAAAAAUUGUGCUUGAAAUGAACAAAGAGCCGCCGCCUCCAUACUCCGCCGCGCCCCCAUACUCAGGGGUGCACCAGCCUCCCAAUUACGCCCCCAUGAUGCCCCCUUACUCGACAUGCCCGCCUUCGUACGGGGCUACAACCCAGACGACGAUCAUCGUACCCGAAACCGAGGUUAUAAUCGUGGGGGCUUGUCCAGCCUGUCGUAUCGGCGUCUUGGAGGAUGAUUUCACAUGUUUGGGGCUGUUGUGCGCGAUUCUGUUUUUCCCGGCUGGUAUUCUCUGUUGUUUGUUGUUGAAGGAGAAGCGUUGUGGGAACUGUGGGGCCCGUUUUGGGUAAAUUUAUAAGCGAAUAUUUUAUAUUAAAUAGGAUUAUUAUCAAGAAAGAAUUUGUAUAAAAUGGGGUGAUUGAGACUAGUCAUGUUAGCAAUAAUUAAAUAUUUCAUGUGUGAGAGUGAAUAAAUAUGCCAACAAAAUGGAAUUGCGGCAAACAGGGUGCUCAAAA